GAGAGAGAGAGAGAGAGAGAGAGAGAGAGAGAGAGAGGUUUAAGGUUAAUAUCAAAUACUCAGUUUGAUCAAUGGCCUCACGUCCAACAAUUUUUGAGGAUUAUCUUCAGUGUCCUGUCUGUCGUGAUGUCUUCAGGGAUCCCGUGCUUCUGAUGUGUUCUCACAGCUUCUGUCGACUCUGUCUGGAACAGUUCUGGCAACACACGGAGUCUCCGACAUGUCCUCUGUGCAGAACGAGUUCGUCAGUGGAUCAUCCACCAUGCAAUCUCGCUCUGAAGAACCUGUGCGAGGCUUUUGUAAAGGAGAACAACCAGACAGCUUCAACCGGAGCUAAGAUCCUCUGCACACUGCAUAACAAGAAGCUCACACACUACUGCCUGGAGGAUAAACAGCCUGUGUGUGUGGAGUGCUCAGAAAUCCACAAGAAGCACUGCUUAAAACCGCUAGAUGAAGUAGCAGUGGACCUGAAGUUGGAAUUGAAAAACAAAUUGUUACCGCUGAAGGAGCAACUGAAACUUUUAAGAAAUGCAAAAGACACUUGUGUUCAAACCGAGCAGUAUGUUAAGUGUCAGGCCCACUGUACAGAGGCUCUGAUCAGGAAGGAGUUUGAGAAGAUUCACCAGUUUCUCUUGGAUGAAGAAGCCACCAGAGUGUCUUCUCUGAGGGAAGAAGAGAAGCAGAAAGUUCACAGAGCUGUUACAAAGAAAAGCCAAAUGAUCAGAGAUAUUUUAGUUCUCUCUGAGAAAGUUACAGCUGCUGAGGAAGGACUAGACACAGACAAUAUUUCAUUUCUGCAGAACCAUAAAGAAACUGUGAAACGAACUGAGUGGGAGAUGAAGGAACCUGAGAUCAGCUCUGCAUCACUGAUUGAUGUGGCAAAGCAUCUCGGAAACCUGAAGUUCAGAGUGUUGGAAAAGAUGCUUAGUAUUAUCAAAUACACUCCUGUUAUCCUUGACCCCAAUACAGCUCACCCCUGUCUGCACCUGACUGAUAAUCUCACCACAAUGGAGCUUCGAAGCAGCAGCACGGAGCUUCCAGCAAACCCACUGAGAUUCAGUGACUAUUCGAGUGUCUUAGGUUCUGAGGGGUUUGAUUCAGGUAAACACUGCUGGGAUAUCGAGGUGGGAAACAGCUCAGCCUGGGCCGUCGGUGUGAUCUCCGAGUCUGCGUACAAGAACAAAGAAAUCCUCGCAAAGCAUGGUCUAUGGCAUAUAGGUUACUGUAAGGGGAAAUAUGGCCAAGGUGUGUCAGAUGAGAUGCUUACUCCUAUCAUGCUGAAGGAGAAACUCCAGAGGAUCCGAGUGCUGCUGGACUGGGAUGGAGGCUGUAUCUCAUUCUACGAUCCUAUCAAUGAUACUCCUGUGUAUACCUUUCUAGAUACGUUCACUGAGCGAAUGUAUCCAUACUUCUGUAAUGCCUGCCAUGAGAAAGCUCUCAGAAUUGUCCCAUUGGAACUCUCUAUAACUGAACAGUAGAGUGGCUAUAAUAUACAAGUGCACAAAUGAACUCUAAAUACAGCUGCACAAGUUAAUCAACUGUGAUGACAUUGGUGAGCCUAGCCACCAAUUGAGUGUUACAUAACCAGCUCCCUUUUUUGUUUUACACACUUUAACCGUCAUUCUGUGAUGACAUUUAUUUUGCAUUUCUUUUUACUUCAGUGUUUAACAGAAUCCAUUCAAUGUGAAUAAUUAGCAAUGUGAAUAAUGCACUUUGGGCUCCAAAUCUGAGACUGUACUGAAAUUCUGGGAUUUUCAAACUGAAACUAAAUGCUUAGUUUAUCAUUUUGAACAUUUGAACACACUGAUGGAUUUGAUCUCGCAUGGCCCAUCAGUUUUGGUACCAAAAAUACUGAAAAUGUCUGUCUGUAAUUAGUGUAACUAUUGCUAAGUUCUAGUUUUUAAACCAUUUGUUGCUGAAAUAUACAAUUUAGCAGCAACUAAGGAAAUUAUACAAGUCUCAGAUUUUUGGACACCAAAACACGUGUGUUACUUAAGAGAUUCUAUAAAAGACAUCUCAAGACUGUUUUACUUUGUAAAACAAGCCUGUGUGUUGUUUUUGUUGUUGUUGUUUUUUGUUGUUUGUUCUUUCGGCUGCGCCCUGUUCAGGGGUCGCAACAACGAAUCAUCUGGUCUGUCAAUUUGAUUUUGGCACAGGUUUUACAUCGGGUGCCUUUCCGGACACAACCCUCACAUUUUAUCUGGGCUUAGGACCAGCACUGAGAGUUUGAAAAUCA